AUGCUUAUAAUUAAAACGUUAGAGUUAGCCCAAGCUUCUGUUCUCCUCCAAGACAUUGCGACUGCUGAAGAUGGUAGCUCUUGGGAUGUAGUUAGUGAUGAUGAUUUAAUAUUGGGUACGGAAGAUGAUUAUGUGCUUGUUAAAGAAGAAGAUGUAGCUGAUGCUAUUGCUUGUUUCAUGGUUACUUAUUUAUCCUCCCUUGAGCAGACAAAGGAUGUAUCACCUGAUCAGCUUCAAAAAGCACUUAGCACCAUGUUUUCUGUGAAGAAAAGAAAGGGGAAGCUUCGUAGAGCAUGGGAAGGUAGUAAAGUUAUUUACAAUGUAGCAUCAUGGAGCGCCACUGCCAUAGGGAUAUAUCAAAACCCGGUGAUCCUGACUAUUGCAUCUAAAGCCUUCUGGGUGUCUUGCAAGGCAAUAUCAAAGCUCGUUUGA